AUGUCAACAGAGACUUUCACACAAAAGAGUCUCCUCAAUGCCGGCCUUUCGGGGCCCCAGAACUACUACUACUCCUACUCCGAGCCACAACAACAUCACCACCUAUACCACCCGGCACCAAGGCUUUCUGCGCUGGCCUCUCCACAUCUCUCGGCCACGCGAGCGCAGGCUAAGCAAGCCAAGCUCUCCUCUAGGCGGUCAACAACAUCGUCGAGCAUGACCCGGCAACAACGCCGAGCAUCGCAACAGCUUCAACCACAACCGCUUCACCCCCUGACAACCCUCGUUGCCGUCGUUUUCGACUUCUUCCUACGGGGCAUCUUGGACCUCACCUGGCCGCUGCGGGAACUGUGCAGGAUGUUCGUGAGGGGGGUCUUUGCCAGCCUGUGCUGGGCAUACCACGCAUUACCGCUGCCGCUCGCCAUGGGCCUGCUCUACUUUGGGUUCCAGAGCGUGCCAGACGCAUUCCGCAGUGUCGAGGAGCUGAGGGCCGUCUACAGCAACCGCCAGUUCUCCGUCAUGGGCAGCAGCAGCGAUGCAUCCGGUAUGGACGGACUCUACGCUCUGGGAGAGCUCGCACUCGUGCGAUGGGGAGAUUUGGGAGUGUCGUCGGCGUUCUACUGUCUCGCUAUGAUGACCGCGGCGUAUGCGGUAAUGCUCCUUAUUGAGAUGCGCGACUACGUCCGCGACACCUGGGCGCUGAUCCGGGACGAAGCUCUCGAGGUCAAGGCGCUGCGAGCGGACGAGUAG